GCUUCCUGAGCCCCGCCAGCGCCGCCGCUUCCGAGCCCGAGCCCCGCGUCUUGGAGGGCAGGGACGGCCAUGGCCACCAUGGAGAAGCUGAUGAAGGCCUUCGAGUCCCUACGCUCUUUCCAGCAGCAGCAGCAGCAGCAGCAGAGCCCCGCUGCCGGAGCGGAAUUUGUUCAGAGUCAAAAGAAAGAGCUUUCCACAACUAAGAAAGAUCGAGUAAAUCAUUGCCUAACAAUAUGUGAAAAUAUCGUUGCUCAGUCUUUGAGAAACUCUCCAGAAUUUCAGAAAUUGCUGGGAAUUGCUAUGGAACUUUUUCUUCUCUGUAGUGAUGAUGUGGAGUCAGAUGUGAGAAUGGUUGCUGAUGAAUGUCUCAAUAAAGUAAUAAAAGCUUUGAUGGACUCUAGUCUUCCUAGGUUACAGUUAGAACUUUACAAAGAGAUUAAAAAGAAUGGUGCUUCUCGAAGUCUGCGUGCUGCCCUUUGGAGGUUUGCUGAACUUGCACAUCUUGUUCGACCCCAGAAAUGUCGACCUUAUUUUGUAAACCUUUUGCCCUGUCUAACAAGAGUGAGCAAGCGGUCUGAAGAAUCGGUACAAGAGACUCUGGCUGCAGCAAUACCAAAAAUCAUGGCAGCUUUUGGAAAUUUUGCAAAUGACAAUGAAAUCAAGGUUUUAUUGAAGGCAUUUGUAGCUAACCUUAAAUCGUGUUCCCCUACUAUACGUCGCACUGCAGCUGCUUCGGUAGUGAGCAUUUGUCAGCAUUCACGAAGAACACAGUAUUUUUAUUCUUGGCUUCUGCAUGUACUGUUAGGUUUAUUAUUUCCUAUGGAAGAUGAGUAUCCCAGUGUCUUAAUUCUUGGUGUCCUGCUCACCUUAAGAUAUCUGAUACCUUUACUGCAGCAGCAGGUGAAAGAUACAAGUCUUAAAGGUAGCUUUGGUGUGAUAAGGAAAGAAACAGAGAUUUCUCCUUCUUUAAAUCAACUUGUACAGGUUUAUGAAUUGAGUCUACAUUAUACACAGCAUCAAGACCACAAUGUUGUGACUGGCUCAUUAGAACUAUUGCAACAGCUUCUUCGAACACCACCUCCUAAUCUUCUCUUUGCCAUGACUACUGCUGGUGGCAUGACACAACCUUGUGUAUCCAAAGAGGAGAUUGCCACCAGAAACCGCAGUGACAGUAUAGUGGAACUUAUAGCUGGAGGGGGGUCUUCAUGCAGCCCUGUUUUUUCCAGAAAGCAAAAAGCUAAAAUAUUUCUUGGAGGUGAAGAAGAAGGUUUGGAAGAUGAUUCUGAAACAAGACCUGAAGUUACCAACACAAGCUUUGCAGCAUCCAUGAAGAGUGAGUUAACUAGUGAAUUAGCUUCUUCAGGCUUGUCAACAGCUACAAAUUCAGUAGGAGAUUCCUCAGGGUAUGACAUCAUAACUGAGCAACCACGUUCUCAACAUACACUACAGUCAGAGUCAGACUUGACAAAUUGUGAUUUGACAACUUCAGCUAACAAAGGAGAUAUAGAUGAUGAUGUUCUUAGCAGAAGCUCCAGCCAAAUCAGUGCUCUCCAGUCAGAUCCUACAGUAGACUUGAACAGUGGCACUCGGGCAUCCUCUCCCAUUAGUGACAGCUCUCAGACAACUACAGAAGGCCCAGAUUCAGCUGUGACCCCUUCAGAUUGUUCUGAAAUGAUUAUAGAAGGUGCUGAAAACCAGUAUUCUGGAAUGCAGAUUGGACAGUUGCAAGAUGAGGAGGAUGAAACUGCAAACGUACUCCAAGAUGAGAUGAUGGUUGAUCCAAGAAGUUCAUGUCUUGCCCUUCAAUCCCAUUUAUUAAAAAGCAUGGGUCAUAGCAGGCAGCCUUCUACCAGCAGCAUGGAUAAAUUUACAACAAAAGAAGAAACAGAGCUUGGUGAUCAUGAAAAUAAACUCUCCAGAAUUAAAGGAGAUAUAGGGAGUUAUACGGAUGAAAAUGCUGCUCCACUAGUUCACUGUGUACGUCUUCUGUCAGCUUCUUUUCUGCUUACCGGGGAGAAAGGAGCAUUGGUGCCAGAUAAAGAUGUAAGAGUCAGUGUGAAAGCUUUAGCAAUAAGCUGUAUAGGUGCAGCCGUUGCACUGCAUCCUGAAGCUUUCUUCAGCAAACUAUAUAAAAUGCCUUCUGAAACCAACAAAGAAGAGUGUGAAGAGGAGUUUGUAAAAGAUAUUGUGAAUUAUAUUGACCAUGGAGAUCCCCAGAUUAGAGGAGCAACAGCCAUUUUAUGUGGAACGAUAGUUUAUUCUAUUCUCACUAAAUCUCGCUUUGAUGUGGAAAAUUGGCUAGCAAGCAUAAGAGUUUCAACAGGAAAUAAAUUUUCACUGGUUGACUGUAUACCUUUGUUACAAAGAACUCUGAAAGAUGAAUCUUCAGUUACGUGUAAACUGGCUUGUACAGCUGUCAGGCAUUGCAUCACGAGUUUAUGCAGUAGCAGCUAUAGUGCCUUGGGUAUAAAAUUAAUGGUUGACCUUCUUACAUUAAGGAAUAGUUCCUAUUGGCUUGUUAGAACUGAGCUGUUAGAAACUUUUGCUGAGGUCGAUUUUCGGCUAAUCAGUUUUUUGGAAAGAAGGGCCGACAGCUUGCACAGAGGUGCUCAUCAUUAUACUGGAUUGUUAAAACUUCAGGAUCGUGUACUCAACAAUGUUGUCAUUUCCCUGCUUGGAGAUGAAGAUCCCAGAGUGAGGCAUGUUGCUGCUGCUACUUUAGUAAGGCUUGUUCCAAAGCUGUUUUAUAAUUGUGACCAAGGACAAGCUGAUCCAGUAGUAGCAGUAGCAAGGGACCAAAGUAGUGUCUACCUAAAGCUGCUAAUGCAUGAAACUCAACCUGCUUCUCAGUUUGCAGUAAGCACUAUAACCAGAAUUUACAGAGGAUGUAAUGUGCUGCAAGGUCCAACAGACAUAACAGUGGAAAAUAACCUUUCUAGAGUUAUUUCAGCGGUUUCCCAUGCCUUUAUAAGAUCAUCAACAAGAUCUCUAACAUUUGGCUGCUGUGAAGCUUUAUGUCUUCUGUCUACGUCAUUUCCAGUUUGCACCUGGAAUGUCGGAUGGCACUGUGGCUUUUCACUGCUGGGUUCUACAGAAGAGUCUCAAAAGAAUACUACUAUUGGAAUGGCAGGGCUGGUUCUGUCCCUUCUUUCAUCAGCUUGGCUUCCACUAGACCUGUCAGCCCAUCAAGAUGCUUUGAUAUUGGCGGGAAAUUUGCUUGCAGCUAGUGCUUCAAAAUCUUUGAAAAACCCUUGGACUAAUGAAGAUGACACUAAUGCUGGUGCUACUAAACAGGAGGAGCCAUGGCCAGCUCUAGCAGACAGGACUAUUGUUGUUUUGAUAGAGCAAAUGUUCUCCCACUUGCUAAAGGUCAUUAAUAUUUGUGCUCAUGUAUUGGAUGAUGUUGUUCCUGGCCCAACAAUAAAGGCAACAUUACCAUCUCUGACAAAUCCACCUUCUUUGAGUCCAUUGAAAGGACGCAAAGGAAAAGAAAAAGAGAUUGCUGAACAGACCUCUGUACCAAUGAGCCCCAAAAAGACAAGUGAAAACAGCCCAGCCGCUAGACAAACUGAUGCUUCAGGUCCUGCUCCUGCAAGUAAAUCAUCAUCACUGGGCAACUUCUAUCAUCUUCCUUCAUAUCUGAAGUUAUAUGAUGUUUUGAAAGCUACUCAUGCCAACUAUAAGGUUACACUGGAUCUCCAGAACAGCAAUGAAAAGUUUGGUGCAUUCCUGCGAUCUGCUUUGGAUGUUCUGUCUCAGAUUUUAGAGCUGGCAACUCUUCAGGACAUUGGAAAAUUUGUGGAAGAAAUUUUGGGUUAUCUAAAAUCCUGUUUCACCAGAGAACCAAUGAUGGCAACCUUAUGUGUACAGCAGUUACUGAAGACAUUGUUUGGCACAAAUUUGGCUUCACAAUAUGAUUGCUUGUCCUCAAACCCAAGCAGAUCUCAAGGCAAAGCCCAGCGCUUAGGUUCUUCAAAUCUGAGGCCUGGACUUUAUCAUUAUUGCUUCAUGGCUCCUUAUACACAUUUCACUCAGGCACUUGCUGAUGCCAGUUUAAGAAAUAUGAUGCAGGCUGAACCAGAACAUGAUACUUCUGGCUGGUUUGAUAUAUUGCAGAAAGUUUCUUCACAACUUAAAACUGGCAUGACAAGUGCAGUGAAGCAUCGUGCUGACAAGUGUUUCUUUCUCUUCCUUUUCCUCCCCAGGGAAUCAGAAGCAAUUAUUCCUAGUGUGUUUUUCUUCCUGGUAUUACUGUCUUAUGAACGCUACCACUCCAAGCAAAUAAUUGGAAUUCCUAAAAUUAUUCAGCUCUGUGAUGGGAUAAUGGCCAGUGGAAGAAAAGCUGUUACACAUGCAAUACCUGCUCUACAACCAAUUGUUCAUGAUCUCUUUAUAUUAAGAGGAACAAACAAAGCUGAUGCUGGUAAAGAACUGGAAACACAAAAAGAAGUAGUGGUCUCAAUGUUGUUGCGACUUAUCCAAUACCAUCAGGUUCUGGAGAUGUUCAUCCUAGUAUUACAACAAUGUCACAGAGAGAAUGAAGACAAGUGGAAAAGAUUAUCUCGGCAGAUAGCAGACAUUAUUCUCCCAAUGCUGGCAAAACAACAGAUGCAGAUAGAUUCCCAUGAAGCUCUGGGGGUAUUGAACACUUUAUUUGAAAUAUUGGCACCAUCAGCUCUUCGUCCAGUAGACAUGCUUUUAAGGAGCAUGUUUGUAACUCCAAGUACAAUGGCUUCAGUGAGCACUGUCCAGUUAUGGAUAUCUGGCAUUCUUGCUAUUCUCCGUGUUUUGAUUUCUCAAUCAACAGAAGACAUUGUGCUUUCUCGCAUUCAAGAGCUCUCCUUCUCACCAUAUUUAAUCUCAUUGCAAACAAUUAGCAGAUUACGAAAUGGUGAAAAUAUUGCUGUAACAGCUCAGGAAGAAACUCUAGAAGAGCAAAAUAAAUAUUUGCCUGAAGAGACCAUUUCCAGGUUCUUAUUACAGUUAGUGGGAAUUUUGCUUGAAGAUAUUACUAGUAAACAUUUGAAUGUGGAUAUGAAUGAGCAACAGCAUACAUUCUAUUGCCAAGAGUUGGGCACACUGCUUAUGUGCUUAAUUCAUACCUUCAAAUCAGGAAUGUUCAGAAGAAUCACAGCUGCAGCCAGCAAGCUUUUUACAGGAGAUGGAUUUGAUCAUCAUUUCUAUACUCUUGAAAGUUUAAAUGAUCUUGUUCAGUCAAUGAUACCCACACAUCCUUCUUUAGUGCUCCUGUGGUGUCAGAUCUUACUACUUGUUAAUUAUACAGAUAGCACCUGGUGGUCAGAAGUGCAUCAGACACCAAAAAGACACAGUCUUUCCACUACUAAAUUGCUUAGUUCUCAAACAUGUGAAGGUAGUAAUGAAAUAGAUUCAGAAUUCAAACUUGGUAUGUGCAAUCGAGAGAUAGUUCGAAGAGGCGCACUCAUCCUUUUUUGUGAUUAUGUGUGUCAAAAUCUGCAUGAUUCAGAACAUUUAACCUGGUUGACAGUGAAUCAUGUUCAAGAUCUUAUUAAUCUGUCUCAUGAACCCCCAGUGCAAGACUUAAUUAGUGCCAUUCACAGGAAUUCUGCAGCAAGUGGACUUUUCAUCCAGGCUAUUCAGUCACGUUGUGAGAACUUUGCAGCACCAACUGCAGUAAAGAAGACAUUACAAUGCCUAGAGGGAAUUCACCUGAGUCAGUCAGGUGCUGUAUUAAUACUAUAUGUGGAUAAGCUUUUAUGUACACCAUUCCGUGUGUUGGCUCGCAUGGUUGACACCCUUGCUUGCCGUCGAGUAGAAAUGCUUUUAGCUGCAACUGUGCAGAACAGCACUGCUCAGUUACCAGUUGAAGAACUGGAUAGAAUUCAAGAAUAUCUACAAAAUAGUGGAUUAGCACACAGACACCAAAGACUCUACUCACUCUUGGAUAGGUUUCGCCUCAUUGUAGCCCCAGAAACAAGUAGUCCAUCACCUUUGGUUACUGCACACCCAAUGGAUGGGGAGCACCCGCCUGCUCUUGAAACUGUAGUUCCAGACAAAGAUUGGUAUAUUUCGCUAGUGAAAUCACAGUGCUACGUGAAAUCAUCCUCGGCUUUGUUAGAAGGUGCAGAGUUGGUGAAUCGGCUUCCUCAGCAGGAACUGAGUUCUUUUAUGAUGCAUAAGGACUUCAACAUAAGCCUUCUGGCUCCAUGUUUAAGCCUUGGCAUGUAUGAAAUCACCAAAGACCGGAAGAGCCUUUUUGAAACUGCCAGUAGGGUAACUCUUAAUCACGUGUCUGCGGUUGUACAAAAGCUUCCCAACAGUCAUCAAGUUUUUCAGACAUUGAAACCAUUUGAAACAACAACAUAUUGGAACAAGCUGAGUGAUAUCUUUGGUGACACAGUGGUGUAUCAAUCUACAAUGGUCUUAUCUCAUGCUUUAAGCCAAUAUCUGGUAUUGCUUUCUAAACUGCCGACCUCUCUGUGCAUUCCACAUGACAGAGAGAGUGACAUUCUGAAGUUUGUUGUAAUGUUACUAGAGAUGCUUUCAUGGCAUUUAAUACACAAAUAUAUUCCACUAAGUAUAGAUCUCCAGGCUGUAUUGGAUUGCUGUUGUUUGGCAUUGCAACAGUCUAAUUUAUGGAAUUUGCUGGCUUCAGCAGAAUAUAUGACACAUGCUUGCUCUCUCAUCAACUGUGUUCGAUUUAUUAUAGAGGCAGUGGCGGUUGAGCCUGGAAAUCGUCUUCUUAGUCCUGAAAGGAAGAAGAGUAAUACAAGAACUGCUAGUGAAAAUGAAGUGGAUUUACAAGCAUCAAAAUUUCAGUAUAUUACAGCUACUUGUGAAACAGUGGCAGAGUUGGUGGAAUGUAUACAAUCUGUCUUGGCCUUGGGGCACAAGAAAAACAGCAAUAUCCCAGCAUUCCUUACUCCUGUUCUUAAGAAUAUUAUCAUCAGUUUAUCCAGGCUGCCUUUAGUAAACAGCUUUGCAAGAAUUCCACCCUUGGUCUGGAAGCUGGGCUGGUCUCCAAAGCCCAUAGGUGAUUUUGGCACAACAUUCCCAGAAAUCCCUGUAGAGUUUCUUCAAGAGCGAGAAGUAUUCAAAGAGUUUAUUUAUCGAAUUAACACAUUGGGAUGGACAAACCGCAUGCAGUUUGAAGAGACUUGGGCUACUCUUCUCGGUGUUCUUGUAACCCAGCCAAUUGUAAUUGAUCAAGAGGAAAACCAACAAGAGGAAGACACAGAAAGGACGCAAAUAAAUGUUCUAGCUGUUCAAGCCAUAACAUCCUUGGUGUUAAGUGCAAUGACAAUACCACUGGCCGGCAAUCCAUCUGUUAGUUGCUUGGAACAGCAACCUCGAAACAAAGCUUUAAAGGCUCUAGAUACAAGGUUUGGAAGGAAAUUAAAUGUCAUCAGAGGAAUUGUAGAACAAGAAAUCCAAGAAAUGGCAUCCAAGAGAGAUAACAUUGCUACUCAUCACUUGUAUCAAGCAUGGGAUCCAGUUCCAUCUCUAUCCCCUUCCAUUACAGGUGCUCUUAUCAGCCAUGAAAAACUUUUAUUGCAGAUCAAUACAGAGCGUGAAAUUGGAAAUAUGGGAUAUAAACUAGGACAGGUGUCUAUCCACUCUGUAUGGCUGGGAAAUAGUAUCACACCACUGCGAGAAGAAGAGUGGGAUGAAGAUGAAGAUGAUGAGGGCGAUAUGCCUGCCCCUUCCUCACCACCAUCCUCUCCCAUCAAUUCCAGGAAGCAUCGUGCUGGUGUAGACAUACAUUCCUGUUCUCAGUUUUUACUGGAGCUGUACAGUCAGUGGAUUUUGCCAUCAAAUCCGAAUAAAAGAACUCCAGUUAUUCUGAUCAGUGAAGUUGUUCGAUCUCUUUUAGCUGUAUCUGACUUAUUUACAGAAAGGAAUCAGUUUGAAAUGAUGUACACAACAUUAACAGAACUACGGAAAGUACACCCCUCAGAAGAUGAGAUUCUUGUUCAAUAUUUGGUACCAGCUACAUGUAAAGCAGCUGCUGUUCUUGGAAUGGAUAAAGCUGUAGCAGAGCCAGUAAGCCGCCUUCUUGAUUCAACAUUACGCAGUACUCACAUGCCAAACCGGAUAGGAGCUCUCCAUGGGAUUCUUUAUAUUCUUGAAUGUGACCUGCUUGAUGAAACAGCAAAGCAGCUCAUUCCAGUGAUCACUGAAUAUCUCCUUUCUAAUUUGAGGGGAAUAGCACACUGUGUCAACAUCCACAAUCAGCAGCAUGUCUUAGUAAUGUGUGCAGUGGCAUUCUAUUUAAUAGAAAAUUAUCCACUUGAUGUAGGACCUGAAUUCUCAUCAAGUAUUAUACAGAUGUGUGGAGUGAUGUUGUCUGGAAGUGAAGAACUGACACCAUCCAUUACUUACCAUUGUGUCUUGAGGGGCUUAGAACGACUUCUUCUUUCAGAACAACUCUCUAGGCUGGAUUGUGAAUCAUUAGUUAAACUGAGCGUUGACAGAGUGAAUGUACACAGCCCUCACAGAGCCAUGGCUGCAUUGGGGUUAAUGCUGACUUGUAUGUAUACAGGAAAAGAGAAAAUCAGUCCAGUGCGUGUUACAGAUCAUAACCAAACCACCCCAGACAGCGAGUCGGUAAUUGUGGCUAUGGAACGAGUUUCUGUUCUUUUUGACAGGGUCAGAAAAGGAUUUCCUUUUGAAGCCAGAGUAGUAACUCGGAUUCUCCCUCAGUUUCUGGAUGACUUUUUCCCCCCACAAGAUGUCAUGAAUAAAGUUAUUGGAGAGUUUUUAUCUAACCAGCAGCCAUAUCCACAGUUUAUGGCAUCUGUGGUAUAUAAGGUAUUUCAGAGAUUGCAUACCACUGGCCAGUCAUCCAUGGUCCGUGAUUGGGUGAUGUUGUCACUCUCCAACUUCACACAGAGAACACCUGUUGCCAUGGCAAUGUGGAGUCUGUCUUGUUUCUUUGUCAGUGCUUCUACCAGCCAAUGGAUUUCAGCAAUUCUUCCACACAUUAUCAGCAGAAUGGGAAAAUCGGAACAAAUUGACAUUAACCUCUUCUGCUUGGUGGCUAUAGACUUUUACAGACAUCAAAUAGAUGAAGAAUUGGAUCGCAGAGCCUUUCAAUCUGUAUUUGAAGUGGUAGCUUCACCAGGAAAUCCUUAUCAUUGCCUGCUAACUUGCUUGCAGAAUUUUCACAAGAUCACAGCAUGCUGAAUCGGUGGCAAAGAGAUUAUGACGAAAUGGAAUAUUGAAACUUCAUGUAUGAACUGAAUCUGACAAAUGAGAAUUUGAAGUUUACAAAGGUUCAGAUCCCAUCUUGGGGUUUGGGUUUUAUUCACUGCUACUUUUCCAUCCUCCUUUGCAUAAACUUGAAUCAACCCUUGCAAUGUGCAUUACAUAAGUAGCUGGAAAGAGAAGGGGUCAUUCGAAAAGAAUAUCAAUUUGCUGUAAAGUUUUGAGCAUUAUUAUAUAAAAUACAAAUACUGGAUGCAAAACAAAUUGUUUCUGUCAGCUUAUGUCACUGUGCUGCUAACACUGAACUUGAUGAAUACUCUGUUCCACAAUGCAAAUCAUAGCCAUUUAAAAACCAAAAAUGCUUAAUUUUUAUGUAACUGUUCAGUUGUAGCAUAAUAUUGAUCAGAGGCUUUAUUCCCUUUAUGUCUCAAAGGAGAAAGAAAAGAGACUUUAAACACACCCAGCAUUUAAUAUUUCUGUCUGGAUGUUCUCUAACAUAUUGUGGCAUUGGGGAAUGAGAGGGGAGUAGACUUACAUAACCAUACUUCCAUUUUUUUAACCUCAAAAUUUGAAACUAUAUAUUGGGUAAAAAAAAGCCUAUAAAUAUUUCUAUAUUAUGUAUAGUAUGUAAAGAUGUAGGAUGGUGCACCACAAGAAAAAGGCUCGCAGUAUGAAAUCACUCUCAUUGAAUGUCUUGACACCUGUAGUCCUACUUACAAUUUCUUACCAUAUGUUCUUCCUCAUGUAUAUUUUUUAAAUCACUUUGGUGUACAAGUUUCAUUUUAAGCCCUGUAUUUGAUUUAUUGGAUGUAACUAUUUGAAAAACAUGAAUAUAUUGAUUAGUUUAAGUUUGUUAUCAGAGACAAUUUUUUAAGAAUACUUUGGGUUCACUUUGGAUAUUUGAAUGGGGAAAAGGGACUAGCCACUGCAGCAAGAAUUUUUAAUUGUACCACAAUUUUAGAAAAGCAGAGGUUUUCUUUGCAGGCAGCAAAUCAAACAUUUCCCUGCUAGGUUUUCUUAUUUAAAUCAAUAUAUUAUAUUUGCAUUGAGAAAACAUUGCUAUGCGUAUAGGUUAAGAACCAGAUCUGAUUCUACUUACUCUGGAGCUAGCUGAGAUAUUUUAUAUACAGGCAGACAAAAUUCUGUGUUUUAGCACUUUGCCAAUGCACAUGUAUAAGACAAACAAUAAUACAUGUUAAAAUUCCACAUCAAUUGUAUAUUCUGGGAAGAAAUUGUCAACUUUACUUAUGGAGAUACAGGGGAAAGUUCAACAUUUUGGUUUUCAGUAAUGUUCCUGUAUAUUUAAUAGUCUUAACAUUUCUUGCCAGCAAAAAUAUAGUUUUAUCAAGAGGAAUGUGGACUUUGCAUUUGUGUAUAUAAUAUGUGUAAAAUUAAUUAUACAUGUGACUGCAUUUGAUGUAUACAUAUGUGUAUAUUGUAUUUAUUAAACUGAUGGCGUUAAACUGUUUCCUAUUUGUAUACCAGCCAUUACUGCAUUUGAAUAUAAUUUGAUUAAAAAGUAAUUGUUCCAUG